AGUCUAUAAAAAGGCAGUUGCACAGUAAGUAAUUUAUACGUGGUUAGUCUUGACUGUAUGGAUUUACUAAUUCCUUUUCCUCUACUUUUGUCAUCUAUUCCCUCCAAGGACUCCCUAGCCCCAGAUGUCGGGAGAGGAGGGGGGCUGAAACUUCUGCUCUCUGGAGGAAAGGUUGUAGGCGAUGAAGAGGAAGAGCAGCUGAAGGAGCAGCUCUGGGUCUUCUGCCUUUUGGAAAAUGCAUUUAGCCUGCUCCUUGGCAAGUCCCUCAGAAAGAACAGAACGUGUUUGGUCGCAGAAAUGAACAUGUCCUCUCAACUGUAUGUUUCUGAACUAAACCUGAGUGCCUUUGUUAGCAACUUUACUGUGCCUACUGUCAAGAGCAAGUCAUCGCCAUGUGAGCAAGUAGUUAUUGCAGCUGAGGUGUUCCUAACUCUGGGCAUUGUAAGCCUCCUUGAAAAUAUCUUAGUUAUAUGUGCAAUAGUUAAGAACAAGAACUUGCACUCACCCAUGUAUUUUUUUGUUUGCAGUUUAGCAGUGGCUGACAUGCUGGUUAGUGUGUCUAAUGCUUGGGAAACCAUAACAAUAUACUUAAUAAACAAUAGACACAUAAUUAUGGAAGAUGCCUUUGUCCGUCAUAUAGACAAUGUCUUUGAUUCAAUGAUCUGCAUAUCUGUGGUGGCUUCCAUGUGCAGUUUGCUGGCUAUAGCAGUAGACAGAUAUGUCACUAUCUUCUAUGCCCUGCGUUAUCACAACAUCAUGACAGUGAAAAGAUCAGGUCUUAUUAUUGCAUGCAUCUGGACCUUUUGUACAGGCUGUGGGAUUAUCUUCAUUCUUUAUUAUGAAUCAACUUAUGUGAUCAUUUGUCUCAUCACUAUGUUUUUUACCAUGUUGUUCCUCAUGGUCUCACUGUACAUCCAUAUGUUCCUUCUGGCUCGUACUCAUGUGAAGAAAAUAGCUGCUUUGCCUGGGUACAACUCUGUCCAUCAAAGAACCAGCAUGAAAGGAGCUAUCACUCUGACUAUGCUUCUUGGCAUCUUCAUUGUUUGCUGGGCUCCAUUCUUCCUUCAUCUCAUACUGAUGAUAUCCUGCCCUCAAAACCUCUACUGUGUUUGCUUCAUGUCUCACUUCAACAUGUACCUCAUUCUCAUUAUGUGCAACUCAGUGAUUGAUCCCUUGAUCUAUGCCUUUCGUAGCCAGGAAAUGAGGAAGACCUUCAAAGAGAUAAUUUGUUGCUAUAGCCUGAGAAUGGUCUGUGGAUUAUCAAACAAGUAUUAAGAAAAUAAAACCAUACCAGGGAAGAGAAUGUAAAUGCAACAUCUCGCUGCAUCUUGUAAUUCUGCUGAAGUGUUUAUGGAAUAUCUUUCUCCAAUCAGCUAUCAUGAUUUCUACGGCAAUCAGAAAGCAUUUUUUAAUACGUGAUUUUACCUUUCGUUCCCUCCACACACCUCUCACAUGGGUGGUAGGAGCUACUCAAUGCAUCUGUAUUAUGGGGAGAAAGAAUAUUUUGAAUAUCAUUUACCCUGUUGAAGACUGGAUCUUAUAAGAGGAUUGCAACAAGUGUGACCUGCCAUGCUAAUGAGCCCAUCAGUGUCUCAGUGUUUCUCAUUGUAUUCUUUGUCUCUCUAGAUAUAGCAUGGUUUAUUUUGAUGCUCAGAAUUAACAGUUUUUUUACUAUUUCCUUCUGAAGACAAUAAACCAGAGAAGUAGCUCAAAUUAUCAGGGUUCACACACCUUGCUCAACAGUUAGGACUAAUAUAUAUGCACAUAUCAGCAGUCUUGUAUUCCAGUCAUGACUGCUACUGUCUUAAAAUAUGUAUUAUGUAAGAGGACAGUGUUACCAUGAGAUUUGCCAGGUUGAAUACAGUAUUUUUUUAUAUCUGACUAUAUGUCCUCUUGUCACUGUGGGGUAAGAUAUACCAUAGGUGAAUUUUAAGGCUGAAUAUGAAGACUGAUCUGAUUCUGUUUGUCUGUUUUCUUUAUUCACCAGGGCUAGGGAAAUAAAGGGUACAUUUAAGGUCAUGUAAUGCCUGAAAAGUGGAAAGAAUAUCCCUUGUGUUGUGGUUUAGGGAUGCUCUAAGACUGUCAUGGUCAGUGGAAGAACUAUGAUUGAUUCAGUGGGCUUUAGGUUAUACCUCCAAUGUGGAAAUUCUUAUCAGGUGUUAGGAAAAUUUUUUUACCACAGGGGUGGUCAAACAUAGGAACAGGUGCCCAGUGGUUAUACAAUCACUAUCCUUGGAGAUAUUCAGAACUUGACUGACACAGCCCUGAACAAUCUUCUCUGAGUUGAAAUCUGACUCUAGCUUAGAAGUUGGCCUUGUUUUGAAUGAUUAUGGAUAGAUGAUAUCCACAGGUCCCUUCCAGCUCAAAUUAUUCUGUCAUUCUAUGAAACAGAUUGCGUAUUAUGAUAAAAUUAUAUUUUUUUUUCCCCUCCCAAUUGAAUCUCUUGUGUAAGAAGAAUUGUAAAAGAUUCUUGUCCACACAUUUAGAAAUAUAGCAUACUUUGUGUCUUCAUUUCCUUUGGAGGUCUCUGGCAGGAUAAGUAGGGUACAUCUUUAGCAUCAGAGUUAUAUAUUUUGUCUGCUGCACCUUAAAAUAUAUACUGCCUCCAGCUCACACAUAUCUCUCUCUGACAUGAGUGGGGAUGUUAUUUUGAGUGGAGACACCUUAUUAUGUGGACUGUAAAUAUAAUGGUUAUAUCAGUGCACUGGGCGCUGGAAUUUUCUUUCAGCUAUAUCUGAAAACAGGAUUUCAAAGGUAUGUUUGUGGUUGGUACUGAGAAUCUUGGCUUGUUUAAGUCCACCUCUUAACCCUAUCCAUAAAUGGCACCUAAGAGUGGGCUCUUGCUGCUAUGAAUGUAAAUAACAAAAGGAGACACUUCAAUUGCAUAGUGAAAGGCACCAGCUGAUGUAAAUAAAUCAUUAAAUCUUCACUAGGUAUUGCAAAUAAGACAGUCUUGUACAUAAUUGCAAAUUGAUAAAGAGGAAGCCAAAACUGUAAUAGCUUUGGGUAUUUUCUUGAAUUGUACAUUACCUUUUUUGUUGGAAGUUUAUUUGAUGUUUAAGCAGAUAU